UUGGCGCGAGUCAGGAGUACGUUUCCGGUGGUUGUCGCGCGGUUUCGCCCUGCCGCGUUCUGAAAUUCAAUUUUCUGUCGCGUUGCAAAGUUCCGCGACGGUAAACAGUCCGUCGCGGGAGGAAACGCGGUCGCGCGCAACAAGUGUCGUGUCACGGGACCGAAGAUGAGGCUCAGGGACAUUUCGGUUAAGUUCAAUUCGCGCGGAAGCGACGCGAGCGUGGCGGGUGUCAAAUAUUGAUCUUGUGCAUUUAGAAGCGCGCCGGGUACAAAGAAAUCGUCACGUUGAUUUCUCGCGGUGUAAACGGUAAACAGCGCGUGGCAGAUGACGGAGGGGAGAGACGUCGCUUGGACACGCGGGCGCUUUCUCUGGCGACGAGGAGCCGAUCGACUCGCUCGCCAUGCCGCGCGCGAAUGUCUGGAGACGCGACUCGCCGCGGGUUACCGUUGCCACACAUCUGUCGCGUGAUAAUGAUCGAUAAGGAGAUUUCCGCACGGCGAGAUUAACGCAGUUAUGUCAAAGAAGAAGAGAGGCCACGCUUGGGCAGAGGAUGGCUUCGAAGAGUGGGGCGGGUACAUGGCAGCGAAGAAGGCCAAGCUGCAGGAGCAGUUUCGCGAUGCGGCCAGCAAAGAGUUUAAGGAGUCGUCGAGACUGUUCGAGGGAGUUGCAAUAUUCGUCAACGGUUAUACAGAUCCAGCGUCGGACGAGCUCAGGCGUCUGAUGAUGAUGCACGGUGGAGUGUAUCAUCAUUACAUGCGUCCGAAAAUCACGACUCACAUUAUAGCGUCCAAUCUGCCGUACUCCAAGAUAGUAUUGUACAGAAAGAGCCAGAACCCAAUUCCCAUCUGUAAGCCGCAGUGGAUUGUCGACAGCAUCGCGGCCGGGAGGAUCCUGAAUUUUCAGAAUUAUUUACUUUACUCCAACGGCACUAAUGUGCAGCGUCAGUUGGCGUACAAGUUGAAUGACAAGGAUAAAGAUGCCGCUGGCCCGCUUACGCAUGACAAACGGGAGAGACCUGACGCUCCGGCGAGCACUGUGCGCAGCAACGACGACACGAAUAACGGAAGUUCAUCGAAGCACGCGUUUAAUAAUGCGUCGAAGCAAGAUACAGGCAAUUUCGGUCAAUCCUCGGGUACAAGAUCAAGCGCGCAGUCUACAAAGGAUGCGGAAUUUCUGUCGGCGUUUUACAGCAACUCGAGAUUGCACUACAUCUCCACCAUGGGCACUGCGUUUAAAGACUACGUGAAUGAGUUAAGGGACAAGAGCGACGGAGCGUUUCCCGGUCUUGAGCGUUUGAUAAAAUUAGGACGCGUCAAGAGCGCCGCAACCUCGGCCUGCGAGUCAGAUUCUGAAGACGAGACGGUUUGUUUUACAGACAAAAUCACUGGCAAAGCAAAGCACGAGCAAGAACCCGUGAUAAUGCACAUCGAUAUGGACUGCUUUUUCGUAUCCGUGGGUGUCAGAAAUAGGCCGGAAUUGCGAGGCGUACCGGUAGCGGUGACCCACGCGAAGGGCAACGCGCUCUCGGCGAAUCACGACGGCAGGGAGGAGUUCGGCUCGAUGUCGGAGGUAGCCUCGUGCUCGUACGCCGCGAGGAAGGCCGGCGUGAAGAACGGCAUGUUUCUGGGGGAGGCGUUGAAACGGUGCCCAGAUUUAAAGACGAUUCAGUACGACUUCGAGGGCUACAAGGAAGUUUCGUACGUACUGUACGACACCGUGGCGUCCUACACUUUGGACAUCGAGGCGGUAAGCUGCGACGAAAUGUAUGUCGAUUGCACCAAGAUCCUCGAGGCGUCCGGACUCGCGCCGUUGGAAUUCGCGACUGUGAUUAGAGACGAGAUCAAGCGGAAAACGAAUUGUCCGGUGUCCACAGGAUUUGGUAAUAAUAAGCUGCAAGCGAGACUGGCAACGCGAAAGGCCAAGCCCGAUAAUCAGUUCUAUCUGAGCGCUCGAAACGCAGAGACGUAUAUUCAAGCUUUUAACAUAAGAGACUUACCAGGAGUUGGCGGAACGACAGCGUACAAAUUGCAUAAAAUCAAUGUACAUACAUGCGAGGAUUUGCAGAAGUUGUCGUUGGGGGUUUUACAAAGAGAAUUCGGCAAGAAGAUGGGGGAGCAGUUGUACAAGAUGUGCCGUGGGUUAGACGACACGAAGCUGAAUCUGGAAUACGUUAGAAAAUCCGUGUCGGCGGAAGUUAAUUAUGGCAUAAGAUUCCAGAAUAAUGGCGAUGCUAUCGAUUUCUUGAGCGAAUUAUCUGUAGAGGUGUGCAAUCGACUGACAGCAGCACGUGCAAAGGGUAGAUGCAUCACGCUAAAAUUGAUGGUCAGAGCUGAGGAGGCGCCGAAGGAAGCCGCAAAGUUCAUGGGUCACGGUCUCUGCAAUUACAUCACGAAAUCGAAAAAUCUCAUAACGGCUGUUGACGACGUUAAUAUCAUUAGAAAGGAAAUUAUAAAUAUUUGGAAUCAGUUGCAUUUAACGCCCGAAGAUAUGAGAGGAAUCGGAAUACAAAUAUCCAGACUAGAAAUAUGCAGGGCCAAGCAAGCUAAAAGUAGUUUGGUCAAUUUCUUUAAUAAGACGAGAAAAUUAGAACAAACGGGUGAUAAAAUGUUGGAAGAUCGUUGCGUCUCGGAUUGCUCUGGAGUGCCUUCAACUACAGAAUCAUCACUGGCAAUAAGAAAGGGUUGCGAUACAGAAACUAAUUUGUCGCAGCAAUUGGCAAAAGCCUCUGAAUCGACCGGUGUUGCAAUUCCGGUCGAUGUUCAAAUCGAAUCGUCGAUAUCGGCAGCUAAGUCAAAAAAUAAAAAGUUAUGCAAUCCUAAGGUAAAUGAAAAUGUUACUAAGGUGAAGGAUCUAUUUGGAAAAUCUAGUAAGAAAGUGAUCCAACGACAGACGUCUCAAGAGAAUUUCUUUAGACAAGUGAAACCGAAUGGCGGAAAAUCGUCGAAAUACGAGAUACCGCGAGUGCAAGAUAUCGAUAUGUCCGUGUUAAUCGAAUUACCCGCGGAUAUAAGAAACGAGAUAUUUGACGAGUACAAAAGAAACAAGAGACAAUUUGAAGCUGCAACGAAUGCCGCGAGUACGGUCGAUUCGGUAGAUGAAGCUCCGCGUAACGAAGAAAGUUCAAAUGCACACAAUUGUUCGCAAGUUGAUCCGGACGUUUUAUCAGCUUUAAUGAAAAGCGAUUUGCAUCCCGAUGUGCAACGCGACGUGCAGAUGUACUGCGAUAUGAAAAGAGAAGCGAAUAGAGCGAAUCUCAAAGAGACGAGUGAGAACAGCGACAGCGAGCGAUUGCAAGAAGCUGGUGAGUCUUCAAAGAUCAGUGAUAGUAAGGAGAAUGCGAUACGUAAUGUAAAUAGCAAUUGUAAAAAUAAGGCCGAACGUAAAUCAGAAGAGGACACGAUGCACGCAGGGGACAAACUGUGUGAAAAGGAUGGUACUGUCGAGGGACAGUCUACCUCGCCUCAAGUGAAUCACGUUGAGAUUUCACACAGUAAUGUUGCGAUGGAUAAAGCCGAUACCUUUAUUUUACAGAAUUUAAGUAUUUUACAUAACAACGAGAACGUAGAUAAACACCAGGAAAUGUUGAUUAAUCUUGUGAAUCAUCUCUUCACCCUCCCAUUACAACAGGUAAAACUGCAAAUACAAACAUGGGUUACUAAAUCUAAUGCCGUGAACGAAGUAGACUUUCUGUCAUUAGCGACGUUUCUCAGCAUGCUUCCGGAAAAGAGACGCAUCGAAGAUUUACAUGUCUUGUUGAAGACCAUGUACAGAUGUACAACGAAAACCGGAAACUGCAUUUGGCAUAGAACAUAUAGAAGAACCGUGAAACAUGUUCAACGUUAUAUGCAGAUCGAGUACAAUAACAAUCUAAUGGUACCGUUGAUCAGAUGUAAUGAUUCGAGAUGCAAUAACGAUAAUUGAAUUCUCGUAAAUUUAAUAAAUUAAAUUUCUACUAA